AGAGUGUUUACCUAAGCCCUAAGCUGGUGGGUUUUACUUGUGAUUGCUCUGGGUUAUUUGGGUAGAUAUUGAUCAGAGAUAGUGUCCUCACUGGACCUCCCCAGAAAGAGUGUAAAAGGAGCUGAGAAUUCCGCCUUCCAUUGGGAAUUCUCUGGGAAGUCCGAGAGAUUUAUUUCUGCUGGUUUACUUCAUAUGAGAAGCUACCAAAGUCUGCCAUCUCCCAGCUCUGAACCUCUGCGUCCCUAACACGCAUCACUCCUAGGCUAACCGUUCUCCGAGAGAGAGACCAGAAGUGCCGGAAAACUGAAGGAAGAAUGCUUCGAGGUCGAUCGCUAUCUGUGACAUCCCUAGGUGGGCUGCCUCGGUGGGAAGCCGGACUUCCUGUGGAGAAUUUACUGCUCUUUGAAGUCUCUUGGGAAGUGACCAAUAAAGUCGGUGGCAUCUAUACUGUGAUUCAGACAAAGGCCAAAACUACAGCAGAUGAAUGGGGAGACAACUAUUUUCUGAUGGGUCCAUAUUUUGAGCAUAAUAUGAAGACUCAGGUGGAACAGUGUGAACCUGUGAAUGAUGCCGUUAGAAGAGCCAUGGACACGAUGAACAAACAUGGCUGCCAGGUGCGCUUUGGAAGAUGGCUGAUAGAAGGGAGUCCUUACGUGGUUCUCUUUGACAUUGGCUAUUCGGCUUGGAACCUGGACAAGUGGAAAGGAGACCUCUGGGAAGCAUGCAACGUUGGCAUUCCUUAUCACGACCAGGAAGCCAACGAUAUGCUGAUCUUUGGGUCAUUAACUGCCUGGUUCUUGAAAGAGGUGACGGACCAUGCCGAAGGGAGACACGUCAUUGUCCAUUUCCAUGAAUGGCAGGCUGGGAUUGGACUGAUCCUUUCUCGAGCUCGGAAACUGCCCAUUGCUACAGUCUUUACCACCCACGCCACACUGCUUGGGCGGUAUCUCUGUGCAGCUAACAUCGAUUUCUACAACCAGCUUGAUAAGUUUAACAUAGACAAAGAGGCUGGGGAAAGGCAGAUUUAUCACCGGUAUUGCAUGGAGCGCGCUUCCGUCCAUUGUGCUCAUGUUUUCACCACAGUUUCUGAAAUUACAGCCAUAGAGGCAGAACACAUGCUGAAGAGAAAACCUGAUGUAGUUACUCCAAAUGGCUUGAAUGUUAAGAAAUUUUCAGCUGUACAUGAGUUUCAAAAUCUCCAUGCUAUGUACAAGGCCAGGAUCCAAGAAUUUGUUCGAGGUCACUUCUAUGGUCAUCUGGACUUUGAUCUUGAAAAAACAUUGUUCCUCUUCAUUGCUGGGAGGUAUGAGUUUUCAAACAAAGGAGCUGACAUCUUCUUAGAAUCCUUAUCCAGAUUAAAUUUCCUGCUGAGGAUGCAUAAAAGUGACGUCACCGUGGUGGUGUUUUUCAUUAUGCCUGCCAAGACAAAUAAUUUCAAUGUGGAAACCCUGAAAGGCCAGGCAGUACGCAAACAGCUAUGGGACACUGCACAUUCUGUGAAGGAAAAGUUUGGAAAGAAACUGUAUGAUGCGCUAUUAAGAGGAGAAAUUCCUGACAUGAACAAUAUCUUGGAUCGAGAUGAUCUGACAAUUAUGAAAAGAGCUAUCUUUUCAACUCAGCGGCAGUCUUUGCCCCCGGUGACCACUCACAACAUGAUUGAUGAUUCCACCGAUCCCAUCCUCAGCACCAUUAGACGUAUCGGGCUCUUCAAUAGCCGCACAGACAGAGUCAAGUUGAUUUUGCACCCAGAGUUCCUGUCCUCCACCAGCCCCUUGCUACCCAUGGAUUACGAAGAGUUUGUCCGAGGUUGUCAUCUUGGAGUAUUUCCAUCAUACUAUGAACCCUGGGGUUAUACUCCAGCUGAAUGCACUGUGAUGGGCAUCCCCAGUGUGACCACCAAUCUCUCUGGCUUUGGCUGUUUCAUGCAGGAGCAUGUGGCUGACCCCACUGCAUACGGAAUUUACAUCGUUGACAGGCGGUUCUGCUCCCCUGAUGAUUCUUGCAAUCAGCUGACUCAGUUUCUCUAUGGAUUUUGCAAACAGUCACGCCGCCAGAGGAUUAUUCAAAGGAAUCGCACCGAGAGGCUCUCAGAUCUUCUGGACUGGAGAUACUUAGGCAGAUAUUACCAGCAUGCCAGGCUCCUGACAUUAAGCAGAGCCUUUCCAGAAAAAUUCCACAUGGAACCCACAUCGCCACCAACGACAGAAGGGUUUAAGUAUCCCAGGCCCUCCUCGGUACCACCGUCGCCUUCGGGAUCUCAGGCCUCCAGUCCUCAGAGCAGCGAUGCGGAGGAUGACAAUGAGGAUGAGAGAUACGACGAGGAAAAAGAGGCCGAAAGGGAUCGGUUAAAUAUCAAGUCGCCGUUUUCUCCGAGUCACGUUCCUCGGGGGAAGAAGAAGCAGCACGGAGAAUACAAGAACUGAAUUCCGCUCUGGUCCAACAGGCUAACUUAGUGAGCAUGCAGUAAGAAUGAUUAUUGAUAGAAAUGGAAACGCCACACGUUUCACUCUCUUCCUCUCAGUGUUACAAUGGGAUUUAUUCUCUGCCUAAAAAGUGGAGGAGGUUAAGUGAAUGGCAAUUUGGUAAUUUAUAAUGAAAUCCCAGUUAUUUUCCCCAAUUCCUUUUCUCCAGUCAAUGUAGGUCAUGAGAAACAUGACCUAAUUAUAGGAAGAAGACUGGAAGUGUUUUUAAAAACGGUUAUUUUAAGCAGUAAGAAUUUUCAUUUCCUAAUGUCGAUUUUUUAAUUAUCAUCAUCAUAACCCUUUGCUUAGUGUUUAUACAACUUCUAUACCUACUAAACAAGUCUGCCAUCCCUCCCCCAAAGGAUCCUGACCUUAGCCUUGAAUGUGUUCUACGUUUAUAUUUUAAAUAAUUUGGCCUUUAGUGAUUACUUUUAUUUUUCACAUGAAUCAGAACCAUGAAUUUAAGCUUACUUUUGCAUCAAAUUCCAUAAGACACUAGCUAUCCAAAAUCCGGAUCUCGCUAUGUUAAUGCGUAUGUACAAGGUCACUUCUCAAAUUAAUGGUGGGAAGAUGUUAUCUGUACUGUGCCACCUGACUAUAUCAGUUUUUUCUAUUGUGUAAAAGGAAACUCUUUUUGAAAACUUGGUUAGUCUUUCAUAGGGGAUAAAUUGUUAAAUCCAUGUGAAUAAAUAUAUCAAUAUUUAAAGUUUAA